CAGGAAAAUGUGAGAGCCCGUCCUCCACCCAGACAGAGUGAUCGCUCAGCUGACUCACGACACGACACACAGAGCAAUACACAGAGGACAGAAGGAGAGUCUGUGGGCUGAUCAGAAGUUGAAUGUUUGGCCCGACAUGCCACCUCACAUGGAUUACUUCUACCACGAGUCCCGAGCCCCCUCUGCGUGUGGGCUGACCCGGGAGGAUGAGCUGGACCCCGGUGUGAUCAGCUGUAUGUUGGUCGGAGACGGAGCAGUAGGAAAGACCAGUAUGAUCAUCAGCUACACAUCCAAUGGAUACCCCACUGAGUACAAACAGACAGGCUUUGACGUCUUCUCUGGUCAGGUCCAAGUAGAAGGAUCUCCAGUCAAAGUUCAGCUUCUGGACACGGCCGGACAGGAAGAGUUUGAUGAAAUUCGGGCCCUGUCCUACGCUCACACAGAUGUCUUCCUCCUGUGCUUCAGCAUGGUCAACCCCAACUCAUUUCACAACAUCACCAAGAAGUGGGUUCCAGAGAUCCGGUCUUAUAACCCGUCCUCUCCGAUUGUCCUUGUUGGGACUCAGUCGGACCUCCUAUUGGACGUGAACGUCCUCAUCAACCUGGAUCGCUCUAAAGUCACACCGGUGCCAAGCUCCCGGGCCAGGAGCAUGGCGGACAAGAUCAGGGCUACAGACUACAUUGAGUGUUCAUCACUUACGCAAAAGAACUUAAAGGAAGCGUUUGAUGCAGCCAUUUUUGCUGCCAUCAAGAACAAAGCCCGCAAGAGCAAGAAGAGGAGGUUCUCUGACAGACGCACCAAAGCUUUCUCAAGAUGCAGCUGGAAGAAGUUCUUCUGCUUCAUCUGAACUCAGACUGUUGACCCUGUGGGUUGUGGACAGAAUCUUAUUUAUGGCAAAAUUAUUACUUUUGCAAAUUGUCGGAGCUCUAACCUGUGGCAGUUUAGCUCCAUUCCCUGUUACAUAUUUGGCUCAGUUUAGUCUGGGAUGCCAAAUGGUGCAAGGAAACCAGUACAUGAAUACAAGGAGCGCUGGGUAUUCACACCUGUGAGAGCUGAACAGGUGAUCCUGGGUUAUUUUCAGACAGAGUUGAGUUUCACACACUCAGGACAGCGGUGUUGUUUACAUUAUAUUCAAAUGUUUGAUUUUGUAUGGUCAACAGAAAAACACGGCCUUCUUUUUAGAUUAAUGCGUACACUUAUACAUGUGAAUCAUGGAAAUGUGUAGGCAUGAGUUUAGACAAUGACAAUGGAUCAAGAUUUUGAGGAGAAGAGCAAACAAAACAAGCUGCCAAAGAGAGAAAAGACAGACCAGGAUGUAAAUGCUGACAAUUUGCAUGGUGUUCUUUGCAACCAAUUGCAGGCUUUAAUAUAAUCAUGAGGGAAACAGAAAGUGUCAGGGCUGUUUGAGCAGAUGGGCGUUAGCCACUUCUCUGUUGUAUUCUUGCAGUCCGGCUAUACCACCUUUUUAUCUACAGCUGCUGCAAGUUCAGGUUGCAGUUUGAGGUGCAACAUUUUUACCUGUGUGUGUGUGUGUGUGUGUGUGUGUGUGAAAGCUCCCCUGGCUGCUUUUUGUGUCUUUGAGUUAAUCACCUGACAUCUUUGUUAUGCCUUAGUCUCAUUUGUUAUUGAAAUUUGAUCAAUUUAUUUAAGAUUUAUGAGGCAGGAUGAUGUGUUUUGUGACAAAUCAAAAACAAAUGUUUCCUCUGUUUUAAUCUCCCCACCGCCACAGGAACUUGAUUGAAAAUCCUGUUGUUUGAGGUGAAAGGUUGCAGGAGAGCGGUAGCCUUUGCCUUUGUGUUUCGUCUCUCAUCAAUCUGCAUUUGUGAAAGGAAACACUGCAGGAGUCCUGACUUCCACUGUGACUCUCCCCGUAUCACAAUCAGCCUGACUCGAGGCUUUUUACAUUCACCUCUUUUUGUUUACGCGUUCAAUGCACCCUUUAUCUCCUCUGUAGUCAGGUGUGUAUGGAUUUACAAGACACUAAACAGCCGCUGCUUAAAUGUUGGUGUGAUU